GUUGGUUGUGAGGGAUCGAGACGAUCGAAAGGAGAAAAGCUCGAGAUCGAUUCUCGAAUCGCGCUAGUGCUGCUUUGCGACGUCCGCGGACGACAAGUUGAAUUGAGGGGCGUUGAUUUCGAUCGUGAUCUAAGUGUCGAAACAAAGGAAUCACAAUGACUGACUCCAAGUAUUUUACAACUACAAAGAAGGGCGAAAUAUUUGAGCUCAAGUCUGAGCUGAACAAUGACAAGAAGGAAAAGAAAAGAGAGGCUGUUAAAAAGGUGAUAGCAUCCAUGACUGUUGGCAAAGAUGUUUCUGCUCUCUUCCCUGAUGUUGUUAACUGCAUGCAAACUGAUAACCUGGAACUGAAGAAGCUUGUUUACUUGUACUUGAUGAACUAUGCCAAAAGCCAACCUGACAUGGCGAUUAUGGCUGUCAACACUUUUGUAAAGGAUUGUGAAGAUCCUAAUCCCCUUAUCCGUGCUUUAGCUGUGAGAACUAUGGGAUGUAUUCGUGUUGACAAAAUUACUGAGUACCUUUGUGAACCCUUGAGGAAAUGCCUGAAAGAUGAAGAUCCCUAUGUUCGUAAAACAGCUGCUGUAUGUGUUGCGAAGCUUUAUGACAUCAAUGCUCAUCUUGUUGAGGAUCAGGGUUUCCUGGACCAGUUGAAAGAUUUACUGUCUGAUUCUAAUCCUAUGGUUGUUGCAAAUGCUGUUGCUGCUCUGUCCGAAAUAAAUGAAUCCAGUGCAAGUGGAUCACCCUUGAUUGAGAUGAAUGCUCAGACAAUCAAUAAACUGCUGACAGCGCUGAAUGAGUGCACUGAGUGGGGUCAAGUUUUCAUCCUCGAUUCAUUGGCGAAUUACAGCCCAAAGGACGACAGAGAAGCUCAAAGCAUUUGCGAGCGUAUCACCCCACGACUGGCUCAUGCAAACGCUGCUGUCGUACUUUCAGCUGUGAAAGUCUUGAUGAAGUUCAUGGAAAUGCUUCCCGGGGAGUCUGACUUUGUUCAGACCCUGACAAAGAAGUUGGCACCACCUCUUGUCACGUUGCUGUCCUCUGAACCUGAGGUUCAGUAUGUUGCUCUUCGAAACAUUAAUCUCAUUGUCCAGAAAAGGCCUGACAUCCUGAAACAUGAGAUGAAAGUUUUCUUUGUAAAGUAUAAUGAUCCUAUCUAUGUGAAGUUGGAGAAGCUAGACAUUAUGAUCAGGCUUGCAUCUCAGGCUAAUAUUGCCCAAGUGCUCUCUGAACUUAAAGAAUAUGCAACAGAGGUUGACGUGGAUUUUGUCCGCAAAGCUGUUCGUGCCAUUGGGCGCUGUGCCAUCAAGGUUGAACAGUCAGCAGAACGUUGUGUUUCCACACUUCUGGAUCUCAUUCAGACUAAGGUGAACUACGUUGUCCAAGAGGCUAUUGUUGUCAUUAAAGAUAUUUUCCGCAAGUAUCCAAACAAAUAUGAGAGUAUUAUCUCGACUCUUUGUGAGAAUCUGGACACUUUAGAUGAGCCUGAGGCAAGGGCAUCAAUGAUCUGGAUUAUUGGAGAAUAUGCUGAACGAAUUGACAAUGCAGAUGAACUUCUGGAGAGCUUCCUGGAAGGUUUCCAUGAUGAAAAUACUCAAGUUCAACUGCAGUUACUUACAGCAAUUGUGAAGUUGUUCCUGAAGAGGCCUUCAGACACCCAAGAGCUUGUACAGCAGGUUCUCAGUUUGGCAACUCAAGACUCUGAUAACCCCGAUCUGAGAGACCGUGGUUUCAUUUACUGGCGUUUGUUGUCUACUGAUCCCGCUGCUGCUAAGGAAGUUGUGCUUGCGGAGAAGCCAUUGAUUUCAGAAGAAACCGAUUUGAUUGAGCCAACUCUGCUUGAUGAGUUAAUUUGCCACAUUUCGAGCCUUGCUUCUGUCUACCACAAACCUCCCACUGCCUUUGUAGAGGGACGUGCAGGUCUCCGCAAGUCCCUUCCAGCCAGGACUGGUUCACAAGAAAUCUUCAGGGAGAGUGCUGGUGGAGAUCAGCCUUCCAUCAUCCCAACUCAAGAGUCUCUGAUUGGAGAUUUGUUGAGCAUGGACAUAAGUGGCCCCGCUGCCCCAGCAGCUCCCCAGACACAACCUGCCGGAUCCAGUGGCCUUGAUCUACUUGGUGGUGGCAUCGACACUUUGUUGGGUGGAGAUGUUGGUGCCGCUGCAGCUGCGCCGAUCUCCCAAACUACCACUGGUUUGCUUGGGGACAUCUUUGGCUUCUCUGCUGCUCCCUCAAUGUAUGUUGCUCCCAAAGUCAACUGGCUGCCAGCUGAAAAAGGAAAAGGCAUGGACGUCUGGGGAACCUUCUCUCGCAAGAGUGGUCAGAUAUCAAUGGACUUCACAUUUACAAACAAAGCAAUGCAGCCUAUGGGAGGCUUUGCUGUGCAACUGAACAAAAACAGCUUUGGCCUUACGCCUGCGGCUCCUCUGCAAGUGAUGUCCCCUCUGGCACCAGGAAUGUCACAUGAGGCUUCCCUAACUCUUGCCACCACUGGCGCUGUCCAGAGAAUGGACCCACUAACAAACCUUCAAGUUGCGAUUAAAAAUAACAUAGACAUUUUCUAUUUUGCCUGCGUUGUUCCAAUGAAUGUGUAUUUCUGCGAGGAUGGUCAAAUGGACAAGAGGGUAUUCCUUAACACAUGGAAAGAAAUACCAGCACAAAAUGAAGUUCAGUUUACUUUGACAGAUGUGCAGUGCAAUCCAGAUGCUGUUGUCGCCAAAAUGCAGCAGAACAAUGUUUUUACCAUUGCCAAGAGGAAUGUAGAAGGACAAGAUAUGCUGUACCAGUCACUUAAGCUAACAAAUGGAAUUUGGGUUCUAAAUGAACUGAAGAUUCAACCUGGAAACCCCAAUAUUACUCUCUCAUUGAAGACCAGAGCUUUGGAUGUAGCUGGUGGUGUCUUCCAAGCUUAUGACCAAAUUAUUCAUUCCUAACUCUUCUGCAGAUUAUUUUUGAAUAUAUUGAUAUGCUGUUAAAGUGGUUCUAUGCAAUACCUGCUUAAUUGUAAAUAUUGUUUUAUUGUUGGAAAUCAACGUCCCAAUGUUUCAGUAUUUAAUCAUAUGAUCAUACGAGCUUGCAAAGUGUAUCUGUGGUCAAGAUUAGCAAUCAGAAACAAAAUAUGCCCAACAUUCCUGCCUUUAUUGUCAAGGCACUUUUUAAAAGUUGUAAAUAAAUAUUUCUUGUGUAUCUGAAUUUGGAAGUUCAAAUUGAAAUGUUAUUGUUAAGACAGGCAAGAAAACACCUCUGUUUUAAUGAAUUUUUGUGUGAUGAACCUGCAGCUUAAGCUGGUGUUGUGACUCUUGUCUCAUUUUUAAUGAUCUGCAAAGUACCAAAUCAAAUAAAUGAAUUAAAUGAAAUGUUAUUCUUGGAAAUCAUGUUAGAAGUGCUUUAUAAGUCACUGUUAUAUACCUAUAUGUAUGUUCUUUUUUUGUGAUAUUCAGAUGCUUCUCUAAAAACAUGCCAACAGUGUUGUUGACUCACAAUCCCUGUCUGUGAGGCUCUAUAAACUUUUAAUGGAGGUGUGCCAUUUGUGCAUAUUUGUGUAUGAAACAUAUCUGCAGCACAUGUUGAAAAUUUGGCUAUGAAGCCUCCAUUUGAGGCUGCAUGUAUAUAACUGAGUGGAUGUCCUAAUGAUCCCCAGUGAAUGGAUGUAGUUAUUCAAAAUACAUGAGCAGUAGAUUAUUGUUCCUGUUGUAAUGCUGCCUGCAGUAUUAUUGUUGGUAGAAAUGUGUGUUAGUUUGGCGUUGGGCUAUUUGUGCAGACUGUAAUAAAUGUCACUGCUCCUUCCCCGCCUUAAAUUAAACUACUAUUAAUAAAACUAUUAUGAAAGUGCA